AUGGCCGAGACCGCUCCCGCCGCCAACGGCACCGACACCCUCACAGGCAGUAAGUCUUCUUCACCCGGCCCCGACGCCCAGGCUGCCUACCAGAAGCUCGCCAACGGUCCCGCUGCUCAGUCUGCCAAGGACCAAGCCGCCAAGACUUCCUCCGAGUUCUCAAACCUCGCCAACGCCAGGAAGACGCCCGCCGAGCCUGCUGCCACUGGCCAGCCUCUGACGCAUUACCACUCCUUCUUCUUCGAGCUCCUCUCGUGGAACAACCCUAGAGCUUCCGCUAUUGCCUACGCCUCCAUCGUCACUCUCAUCUUUGCCGCCAGAUACCUCGACAUCUUGCGAUAUGCCUUCAAGCUGACCUGGAUGACACUUGGUGUCACCGUCGCCGCCGAGGUUAUCGGCAAGCUUGUCAUGAGCAAUGGCCUCGCCACACAGCUGCGCCCUCGCCAGUACUACACAAUUCAGAAGUCUACCUUGGACGCCGUUAUUGGCGAUGUCCACGAGCUCAUCAACUUCUUCGUCAUUGAGGUUCAGCGCAUCCUGUUUGCCGAGAACGUUGGUGCCUCUGCUGCCGCCGCCGUUGGCGCAUUCAUCUCGUACUACCUGGUCAACAUCGUCCCGUACUGGGGUCUGGCUCUGAUUGCCACCACCGCCACCUUCUUCGUGCCUUUGAUCUACACCUCCAACCAGGAGCUUAUCGACCACCACGUCAAGCACGCUGCCGAGAUCGUCAACUCUCAGACUGAGCAGCUCCGCAACGUCGCGAGCAAGCACACCAGCCAGGGCGUCGAAAUCACCAAGCAGUACAUGGGCGACUACACUGCCAAGGCCCAGCAGAUGAUUUCUGGCCGCUCUCCCUCGCCCGAGACUGCCACCAAAUCCUCGAAAGUCGGAUCGGCCCAGUUCCCCGAGGCUCCAAAGACCGGAAUCAACGAGUUCCCCGCCGCGCCCAAGACCGAGCCCUCGACGCUGAGCGAGAAGGAGCCUCUCAUCAACGCUUAA